AUGUCGCAAAUUAAUGAAAAUGUUAAUGUUACAGCUGGUAGCAGUAAUAACAGUCAAGUAGAAAGUAUCAAAGAACCAGUAGUUAUUGAAGAAGACAGCAUUAUUCCACCUGAAGAUAAUUAUAAUAUUAUUUAUUAUAUUUUUUUUUUACAAGGAAUUGCAAUGCAUUUACCGUGGAAUGGUUGGGAUUUGGUCUCACCUACAGUAUAUUUUUAUUUUGUUAUAUUUUUGGUUGGUAUAUCUGGUGUAACAACUGCUUAUUUACAAAAUGAUAUAUUUGGAAUUACUGCUCAAAUUUCACCUAAAUAUACUCAGGCUGUUAUGAGUGGUCAAGGAUUGGUUGGUUUAGGUGUGUCAAUUUCACAAAUUGUCAGUGUUUUGAAUCCUAAACAAUUAACAAACAAUGAUGAUGAUGUGGAAUUAUCAAAUAGUGCAUUUAUUUAUUUUUUAAGUGCAUUUAUAGUUCUCAUAAUUUCACUAAUCUCAUAUGUCAUAUUGACAAAAUUACCAUUGUUUUUGUAUCAUCAUCAAAGUAAAAACAUUGAUAUUAUAAUUGAGGAAGAAGAUAAUGAAGAAAAGCCUUUAUUAAAUAAAAAAUCAUUCAACACCACAUUUAUCAGAAUAAUUAGAUUAGUAUAUUCAAUAAUAUUUGUAUUCAUGAUCACAUUAUCAUUAUUUCCAUCUAUCACAACUUCUAUCAAGUCAACAGCAAAAGAUGAUGAAAAAUCAGGUUAUCAAAAGGAUUAUCUAUUUAUACCACUACACUUCCUGAUGUUUAAUUUUGGUGACUUGUUAGGGAAAAGCUUACCAAUAAUCAAAUUCUUUGUUAUUAAAAAUAUAGAUUUGUUGAUGUUGAUGUCCACAUCACGUAUCAUAUUCAUACCAUUAAUAUUAUUAUGUAACACUGAUAUUGGUGGCAAAAGAUUAUUUCCAUUAUUAAUAACAAAUGAUUUCUUAUAUUUCUUUAUUAUACUUUUAUUCUCAUUUUCAAAUGGUUACUUGGCAUCUUUAAUUAUGAUGACAGGUCCACAAAUUCAAAAUGUUAAUAAAGGCUUAGCUGGAAUACUUUUAACAUUUUGUAUGGUUUUUGGUUUAACAAUUGGCUCAUUAUUAUCAUUUUCUAUAAGAUCUUUAAGUUGUGGUGGGUGUAAUCCUUUCAUUAACUAA